AUGGACUCCAAACGUCGUGACAGAGUUGCAAAGGCAUGUGCUCAAUGCCGUCGUAAAAAAAUCAAGUGCGACGGCGAGAAUCCAUGUAGUCACUGUCAAAAUCUGAGCUUGAAAUGUGUUUAUGAGAGCAACAAAACACGCAAGCCUAGAAAGAGUCCCACAGAGGCGUUCAGUAAUCGCCUUCGGAGGCUAGAGGACUUAGUACUGACCUUGGUCACCAAGAUAGAUAGCCUGAAUGGUUUCAAUCCCAAUCAAGGUUCUAAAAAUGGCUCUGCUCAGGUCAAUACAAAAGAUUCAAUCAAAGAUGACCUCGAUUUAAAGUCAGAUAAUUCAGCAUCUGAGAGUUUGUCAGACGAAAGCGAUGGGUCCGAUCUGCCCAGGCAAGAUGAGACACCGCAGGCGAUGUUCAAGCAAUUCAAGCAGUUGUGCAAUGACCCGCUGCAAAAACCUGGUGAUCCUACUAGCGUGAACAAUCAGUAUCGUGGAUCACACUUAGGUUUCCAUCUAAUUUUUUCCGAGCUGACUCUCAAUCAUGUGCGACUGGUUCUCCGUGAAGAAUGUCAUGAUAUCAUAAUGCCAUUGGAGACUAUGCCUUUAUACAUUCUAGGUUGGAAGAAGCUGUUGCAAAAUAUCUGGAGUGAACCGAGACCUAUAAGCGCAGAAUCAAUCCAGAAAUUACGGAUCGGCUCGUUCCCUGAGCAAGGUUUGGUCAAUGAAUUGCUACAAAUUUAUCUGUACAUUAAUUUCUGUUGGUCUAUCUGUACUCCACAGCAGGCACAUGAAAUGUUCGGAAGAUAUUAUGAAAUCAAGACUUCAAGACGCGCCAAAGGCAAACUUUUAUCCUAUUCAGAGCUUAUGGUCAUGAGUUUGUUACUUGCGGUUACCAUCUCAGCUUUCGUUGAGGGCCUGAAAAUUCCAAGUUCAAAUCAUGAAUUGCCGAUUCUAAACUCGAUGGAUGUGCCCAAGAUUGUGGCCAUUCAGGAGGAGAUGUUCUCUAAUGCCUUGUAUUACUACCACCGCAUCUGUCUCAUCAGUGAGGGAUUGGCCUCAGUCCAAGCGCUAUUGCUUCUAGUGUUGUACUUGGAGAUGACUUGGGUUCAUACAGAUGUAAACUCUGUGCUAUGUUCCCUUGCUGUCCUGUAUGCUCAAGAGAUUGGUUUGCAUCGACUAGAAACUUAUCACAAUUUGAGUGAAGAGGAGAAGACUUUGCGGAUGCUGGUUUGGAUUUCCUGCCAAUUCUUUGAUACUGAAAUGUGCUACCGCUUGGGUAAACCCAUGCUGACUAAUGUUUUCGAUCGGCAUGAUAUAAUUGACUAUCCUGUUACAUGUACACCUCAUUGUGGUCAAGCAGAGUUGGGAGACACUUUCAAUCGAUUCAUUGACUUGCGCUCAUACUCUUACCUCAACUUAUUCAGCGCUCAUGUCGAUUAUAGUAGUGUGAAAAGGAUUCAAGAAACUGUCAUGUCAAUCAAUCUCAAGCUAGAAGCUUUGCUGGAUCGCAUGGAUCCCUUUUGGCGUCCUAAGUUUUUCUAUGACUCUAAUUUCGAAUCAGCUCUUACCGCAAUUUUGAAUUGGAAAGACGAAGUGCUCACAACAGAAUUCAUCCUCACUUUCCAGCUCAUGUACUUUUCUCAACUUAUGAUUAUUAAUAGAGUGCCUUGGAACAUGCCAAACUUAGAGGGAGAUUCGCCACCACAAGAAAACUCGAAAUUUCGCAGCAUAUCCUUGGAUAGCGCUAGAACAAUCCUCCACAUUAUAAGAGCUUCAGAUCAAAAAAAGUCUCCCUUUUUCUGCCUUAAUUGGUUUGCGACAUAUCCCUUCCUGGCCUCAAUGAAUCUUCUAUCCAAUGCUGUAAAUCAUCCGCAAGAUCCUGAAACUAUCAAAGAUAUUGAUUUGUUGAUCGAUGUAUCCAUCAAUUUCUUUGCGCUCGUUGGCGAUAAAGUUGAAGUCGAGGCCACUAGGCUCUACUAUCUAAGGUUCCAUAUGAUUGAUAUGGUCAUUAGGGUAGUGCUUCUGAUUGCUAUUGCAAUUGUGGAACAGACCUCAAACAUCAACAUUUUAGGUCAAAAUCCGAUGUUGAAGGGUCACUUUGACUAUGUGAAGAAAAGAUAUCCUCAUUAUUACCGCCGGAUUCCAGAAUCUGAAUCACUUCAGAAGUACAUGAAACAGUUCUACUACAACUCUGGUUUUUUCUAUAAUCCUAGAAAAGGUCUGUCUCAAAAAGCAAACGAAGGCCUCAAAGGAUCGAACUCCCCUUACGAUUCCAAUACACCACACUCUUCGGACUAUUCAGGCUCAGGGUCGAAUUUCAUGAUGAUGCCAGAUCAAGCAGACGAACCUGAUGGAAUGGAUAUGAAGGGAUUUCAGAUGUGGGAUUCGAUUGGUAUUGAUUUCAAUGACCCUUCAUUGCAACAGUAUCAAAAUUUACCAAACAUGUUCUUUGACAAUGGCAUUUAA